GGUACAUAUCAUCGACGGACCGGAAUACAUGCAUGCCCGUCAAGUCGUCCUCUGUGAAUGUUAUUUCUAGCUAGCAUAUUUUUGUCUCUAGCGUUUUUUUUUAAAACAAAUGUUUAAUUGAAAUAUAUGCGCUAAUUGUGUGCUAAACGAUGACAUCCAGAGGCACACCGAGUCGCUUCCUGCAGAGUGUUCUUCAGAACGGAGUGGGUCGCUAUGUCUGCCAGCUCAAACGACUCUCCAUCAUCUUCUCCAAAAAUGCACAGAGCUCACUGGGAGUCAGGGGGUUCAUUGAAGAGGGGGUGGUGGAUUAUGCCAAAUACAACCCUUCAACUGUCGUGUAUGUGUCUCCUCAGUCCUGCAGGAUACCCAAAAUAGUUGCAGAAUACCUAAACGGCAACGUGAGGGAAGAAAUUGUCACAAGCAAAACGUCGAUACAGAUCUCUGAGGUUUUGACCAAGCUGACCAAUCAGUCCGGCCUGGACAUCAUCCGCAUCCGAAAGCCCUUCCACACUGACAACCCCAGCAUCCAGGGCCAGUGGCACCCCUUCACUAACCGGCCCCCGUGCAUCGGCCCCAUCAGACCUCAGAAACAAGAUGCUGAACAAGCACUAUCCAAUAUUUAAAGUCAAAAUGAAUGCUAAAUUCUAGUUUACUGUAGAAAGAUACAUCAUUUUUUGAAGCUGUUCAAGUGAUCAAUAUGUUGAUAUGUUGGAUAUUUCUGCAGAAGACCUCGCUCUGGACUGGGUAUUUUUCACCAUGCCCUUUUGUCUGUUGGUGGCAGCAAUUCUGUGCAGAGCUGUGCCGUUAUUACCAGCUCUAAAUGCCACAUUUGAAUAGAGGUUACAUGAAUCCUCCAGAGGCUUGUCAGCAGGCAUAUUAAAAAAGCAGAUAGCUGUUUUUUUAAACCCAAGGUUAUUUGAAGAUUCAUUGUAGUAAAGUGCAGCGCUUCAGAGCAGAUGAAACUUUGUAUGAAAUAAAUCUUUUUUAAAAAUG